AUGGCCACGACGUCUCAGAGCGAGCGGGAGAUGAAGAUGGAGCCGACAUCCCACAGCGAAGCUCCUGUGGUGAAGAAGGCCACACGCUCGGCGUCUUGGCUGGAGAUUUUGGGCCUCAAGGGCAACUUCAGCCACUUGAACUUCAAGGACCCCUUCAAUGUGAAGAAGCUUGGUUCCAGCUACACCACCGAGAUCCGUGCCGGCUUGACCACAUUCUUGGCCAUGGCAUACAUCCUCCCGGUGAACAGCGGCAUGCUCAGCCUCGCAGUUCCCGACAUGAAGGAGCAGCUGGUAUGCGCUACCGCACUCGCUUCCUUCUGCGGCUGCUGGCUUAUGGGUAUCCUGUCCAACUUCCCAUUUAUGCUUGCACCUGGCAUGGGAACCAAUGCUUACUUCACCUUCAGCAUCGUCUUGGGUCGCGGCCUCCCUUGGCAAGCCGGCUUCGCGGCCGUCUUCAUCGCCGGUGGCAUGUUCACAUUCCUCAGCGUCACGGGCAUGCGCACGCUGCUCAUCCGGCUCUUCCCGCAAGGCAUCAAGGAGAUUAUCGGGGCCGGCGUCGGCCUCUUCCUCACCUUUAUCGCCUUCCAGAGCUCCGAGGGCCCCUUAGACGAAGCUUUGCGGGAAGAUCUACGACAGGGCAAACCUUUGAUAGCCGAGGUAUCUGAGAAACAGGUGGAUAUUCACAUGCCUUCGAGGUACAAUCGUUUGCUGCUUCCAGUUUUGCACCGCAUGCGCGAUGCUUCAAAGAAGCUACCCGGGAUCGAUGAACUUCGGCAUGAGAUUCGAAAGGUGUUGAAAAUGAACAAGCGUGAUCCCACGGACGAGGAGGUGGAUAGGUUCGGAUGGCUGAUUCGGAAGAAUCUGGGCUUCAUUAAGAUGAAGUGUCGACGCCAAGAAGUUUCGAAUGUUCCUGAUUUCCAGCAGUUGUGCCUGGCCCUGGACCCCGACUUGCAGGGCAUCGUGGAUCAGAUCAACGAAUCCCUGGCACGGCGCCGUGCCAGAGCAGAGACUGCUCAGGAGACUAGUGACGACGAGGAUGCCUACGACGAUGACGGAGACGACGGAGCGGAUGAUGACCAGCCCGAUGAGGCUGGUGGCUGCGGUUUGUCCCACCAUUUGAAUGACUUCAUGGCGGCUGUGGGAGAAUCGGCUCCGGAAGCCAGUGCGGCUGAGGGAGAAUCGGCUCCAGCAGCCGAUGGUGAUGCCCCCAUUAUCGAUGCUGAUGCGUAUGAAGGGCCAAUCGAGAACGCUGUCCCCGAUCCAAUCGACACUUCGACGGCUGAUCCCUCGAUUCCCUCGCUCGACUCUUCGACGACUGAUCCCUCACUCGACUCUUCCACGACUGAUCCCUCACCCGGCUCUUCGACGGUGACGACUGAUCCCUCACUCGGCUCUUCCACGACUGAUCCCUCACUCGGCUCUUCGACGGUGACGACUGAUCCCUCACUCGGCUCUUCGACCACUCGGAAGACUACGUUCGUGCCAGAGAAUCCAGGCGCGGGUAAAAGACGGAGUUUGCUCGUUUACUUAUGCUCAUGGGGCCUUGUUCGGACCCUUUGUUUCGCUGAGUGA